UUGACAGCUCUGGCUCGUGUUUACAUUAUAGACAAAAAACAGAUACACAAUAAUCUGACUCAUUGCUGUGCAGUAUUAAACAUUUCACAAACAGGGCACAAUAAAGUUCAACUUUUACUACGUCAAAAUGCCUUCAGUAGAGCCAAACGAUAGCAAUUCCGAAAGCAGAGAGUGCCUGAGCGAAAAUGGUGAUUAUAGCAGCGACAUGUCAACUGAAGCAACACUGAAUCAUGAUGUGCCGGACCCAGAUCGAUAUCUAAUACCUGCGGAUCGCAUCGAACACAGUGAACAGAUCGAAAUGCCUACCGAGCGUGAAUUUACACAAAACGAUACAAUCAACAAGAUUCUCUUAAACUCAUUUCUGCAACGAAUAAAUGAUACAAGCAAUAGAGAAGAGCAGCAACACGACCCGAGUUCGGUUGCUGGUGCCGCAGAAGAACGAGAACAGGACUUUGAUUCGUAAAGUUUAUAUUAGAUGAUAGGUAGUGUAUCUACAAAAUCACGCAUUAACUGAUUCCAGCGUCCAAAAUUUUUGUACAAUAAGUCAGCUCUGGAAGGAUGAAUGAAGCAAAGUGAAUAAAUAUCGUCUUAAACGAACGAUGUUCGUGUAUUUUGUUUUGUCAAAUGUACUUUGCGUUCCGUUGAAUAUUUGGAUCGGUAGGAGAUAAGGGUACGCUGCCGGUGAAGUAAAUGCGGGGGGUGAGUUGCACAUGAAGUUCCAUCGUAUGACAGCACAUCACAGUGUACAAGCGAGCCCUUCCCACUGAUUGUCCUCCAAUCAGUUCGUGAUCGCUUCGUUCGCAGAGCGGAUCGUGCGCCUGUACUCAUAGUACGCACCUAGGAAGCUUACGGGUCAGUCGUACAGACGUAAGCGGUUCGUAAUCUACACUGAAUUCAGGCGGCUUCCUCGUAUCAAUUUGGUUGAACAGAAGACCACCACAGAAGACAUCGCUUCUAAGAGCAAAUUCUGCGUAGGUGAUAGUGAAAGUGAUUGAGAAGAAAAGUGAUCUUCGACGUGUAUAAAUGGAGAUGAAAACUAUCGUCAAAAAGCGCACUGUAGCUGAAGAUACGGAAAGGGAGAAUGGAAGUGAGGAUUGCGAAACACCUACUGGGUUAAACAUUCGCGACGAAACGGAGAAUGGUGCGGAAUCGGUGGAACAAGGCACAUUGAAACCAGGUUCGCCAAUACGUCCUUUGGUUAGUGAAGAGGAGGUGCGGAAACUGGCAGAACGGCUUUAUGGAAUCAUAGUACUAGAAAUGUGUGAGCUCGAUUCAUAUGAUGACCGUAAUUUCAUGAUCCAUGCAGAUAGCUUUGUGAAGAAUCCCAUCUUAAAAUCAGUCAGUACCAAUGGUUACGUGAUGAAGAUAGCGAACUCGCUCGAUUCCAGCGAUGAAUCUUUCUUCUAUGCGCAGAAUGAGAUCAUGCUGCAUCUGAACAAGCGUGGCAUCAAAUGUCCAGUCCCGAUGCAGAAUAUUUACGGCAAAUACCAUUCGGUUGAGAAAUUGGGACAAUUGAAUCAUGUCGUUCGGUUGUUAGAAUACAUACCCGGGAAGGUAUUCCACGGCGUUCCUCAUCCAGACAAAUUGUUUUAUCAAGCAGGGCAGUUUAUUGCAAGGAUUGAUUCAGCAUUAAAGUCGAUCGAUAAGGAAAUGGUUGCUAAACGGCAGUCUAUUUGGAUGAUGGAAAAUUUUCCCAAAUUAAAGGAUUUUCUAUAUGUCAUCAAAGAUGAGCACCAUAAAGAUAUAGUCGAACAAGUACUAGAUGCUUUUCAACGUCGUGUGAUUCCUAACAUAAAUGAAUACGAACAGGGUGUUAUAUACGGAGAUUUCAACGAGCAUAACAUUAUUGUGAAUAAGAAAUCAUCCAACGUUAAGGAAUAUGAAAUAACUGGCAUUAUCGAUUUUGGUGAUGUGUGCUAUUCACGGUACGUGUUCGAGCUGGCGAUUGCAAUGGCCUACAUGAUUUUGGAAGCAAAUGAUAUAAACACUGGUGGUUUGGUAAUAGCUGGCUACAGCAUGAUUCGUCUGAUUCCUUUGCAUGAAAAAGAAAUUCUUAGGGUUGCAAUCGCAGCGCGCCUAUGCCAAAGCCUCGUUAUGGGACUCUACACGGCUACUGUCGAUGCAAGCAAUCAAUAUAUCCUUUCCUCCCAAACUCGUGGAUGGAACGUGUUGGAAGCUCUUUGGGCUGAGAGUGAUAAGGACCUUUUGGAGCGAUGGAAUUCAAUUGCCGAAGAAUAUUUAACACGUAGCUCGUGAAUAGUGAUAAUCAUGUUAUUGAAGGUUUGAGUCAAUUUUUACUCAAUUUUUAGCUUUAGUAUACACAGCAAUAGUUUCAAAACAUGUUUUAGGAUGCAACAAAUCUAAAACAUUCAAGUAGCAGAAAAAGUAGCGAAAAAAUCAAUUUUUAAUGUAAAAUGCUGAUGCUUUUUAUAGAAUUUGUGAGCUUAAAAUACGUAAUAAAUUUAUUGCCGGCAUGAUUUUGUCCAAUUUCCAAAA